AUAGCAAUGAUCAAAUUGGAAAAAUAACGUUGAAACUUGAUAAAAUCGUAAUCAGGUCGUACCCUACCAAAAAUUGGCUUUUUACAUUGUAUUGAUAUCAGAUCAACACGAGCCAAUAACAGAUACGGACAUUCGAUGUGUAAUUAGAAGGUUUGGAGCCGAUUUUCUGUAUCAUGAGUUUAGAUACGACAUUGUGUAUGGUACUGCAAUAAGGCUUUUAAGACUUCAUUACAUCCAGUGAAUUGCAAUAUACAUGUAAUAUGAAAGUUGCUUUAAUAGUUUCAAGUCGAAUGGAAAUAUAGUGUUUGUUUGGGAUUACUUUGGCUUUUAUGGAAUUUUCACAAGAUGAAGACUGUUUUAUUGACAUCGUUGGUUGUGAUAGUGUGUUGUGGACAAGGAGGAUGUAUAUUACGGACAACACUAGAAGAAAUAAACAGUAACGGAAUAGUCAACAAGUUUGCUACAUUGAUCAGAGCGAACAAUUUGACACAUUACUUUGACCGGCCUGGGAUUACAGUCUUCGUGCCCGUUUCUUCUGUGUAUAGCAGAUUUCUUGAUGACGCUAAGAAGUAUGGAUAUAACUUGACGGAUCCAGCAACAAUAAAGAGCGUACUGCUUUAUCACAUAGGUGAAGGUACUACUACUGUCUCAGAUAUGGAGAAACACGAUUCAACAAGAACAUUACAUCCAAAUCAAAGACAUGUUUAUUUCAACAACUAUAACUAUGGUGAUACAAAGGUAUUUACAGUAAAUGGAGCUUGGAUAGUGGGGUCAGAUAUUCUUGCUAGUAACGGAAUGGUCCAUAUAAUAGAUAGGUUCCUGAUCCCAGUUCAGUCAAACAAAACAGUGGCGGAGUACCUAGAACAACCAGAGCUUCCAAAUUUUGCUUUCCAGUCAAUCAAGAACGCAUCUGUUAUUGACCCUGCUUUAAAGAUGGCUACAAAUUCCACAGCCAGUAAAUUUACAGUGUUUGCACCAAAUGACUCGUAUAUCACCGUAAUGCCGGCGUACGGCCAAGACGUGCUCUUCAAUGAUACAAACCUUCUUAAAUCGGUUUUUUGGGCCCAUGUGAUAGAGGAGGGGACAUUGUAUAUACCCAGACUGGGCGAGAUACCUGACAGCGCAGCUAUGGCAGGAAUCCUCAAGUUUGACAGGAUUGGAACUGAAAUUUUCGUAUCGAGUAAUAAAGUUCGAGCACGUAUAAUACAGCCCAACAUUCCAGUGAGGAACGGAGUGAUACAUGUUGUAGAUGACCUGCUGUUUUACAUCUACAGGAACAUGAGACAGAAAAUUGACGUCCUUAAAAAUUCAAAUUUUGUGAAAGCUGGUUUAUUCAAUGUAGAAAGUGAAAUUCGAGACAUGUUUACAGAUACAAGCAGAAAAAUGACAUUUUUCUUACCUAGUGAUGAAGCGUUAGCUAAGCUUCCAUCAGACAGACAAUCACAGCUCGAUACCAAUGCAACCAAAUUGUCAAAGUUUUUCCGAGACCAUCUUAUUGUGUACGCAGAGCGAGAUCUCGACUCGUUCCAGGACGGAGAAACAUUUACAACUUCUGAUGGUGAAAUUCUAACGAUGAGAAAAGUUAACGAUAAUGUGUAUGUCGAAGGUGGAGGAGUGCGUGCUAAAUUGACGAUACCAAAUCUUGGAUGUACCAAUGGUGUUAUACAUUUAGUGAACAGUGUUUUGUUCCAACGAGAUUUUACUAUAUGGGAAGCCAUACAAGGAAACUCACAGCUUAGCCGAAUGGAAGGUAUUGUUAGUUUAAACGCGUCAUUGAUGAGCACGUUACAUUCAACAUCCAAUGGACCGAUGACAGCGUUUCUGAUCAGUGAUGCUGCAAUAGACAAUCUAAAGGAAGAUACACUCUUAUAUCUAAAGACAAAUGUAGACCUUCUCCUACAGGCAAUUCGUGGUUCAAUAGCCCAUGGUUUUAUUCUAAGUUCCACACAGAUAUCAGAUGAACAAGAUGUACCGACAUUAUCUGGACGCACCAUUACCUUAUAUAACACGAGACAAGGACUUUACGUUAUUGGAAGUAAGAUACGCGCUAAUGUCGUCAUUGAAGACAUAUGGUGUUCUAAUGGCAUUUUACACAUCGUGGAUAACAUUAUACAUCUUCCUACACGAAAUAUCGUUGAUGAGAUGAGUGUACAUCCUUCUCUUACUGUCAUGUCUGGAUUAAUGGAAAUGUUUCAAUCAUUAAGCGAUGAGUUGAAGGACGUUUCAACGCAUUAUACAAUGUUUGUCCCAAGUGAUGAUGCUUUUACGUCCAUGCCGACACACAGAGCGAGAGUACUUAGCGAAACACAGGGCCUCCUACACUCUAUCAUUCGAUGUCAUAUAGUACCUGGUACAUCUAUGUAUAUGGAAAAGUAUGGAAACUACACCCGACUUACAUCACACAGCGGCCUGCCUUUGUUUGUUCUCAAAUCGCAAGAUCAAGUUCAUGCAGUUAGCAAUAACUUAAAAGGGACAGUUGUUGAGAGUAACAUUCGAUGUAUGAAUGGAAUUAUACACAUCGUAGAUACACUGCUCAAUUUUCCCUUCUGGACUGUUGAAGAAGUCAUGGAGAAAACUCCCGAACUAAAACAAUUUUACGGCCUAGUCCAACAAGUUGAAGAAUUCAACACGUGGUCAUCAACGUUGAAUAUCAACCAAACAUUGUUUGUACCAAGCACUUCAUUCUUACAGAAUCUGAAGGAUUAUCACCAGAUACGUAUAACAACUGAAUCAGGCAUGGUGAAAAAGUUAUACGAAAGUCACAUGAUACCAGCUUUGACACUGAAUCAAGAAUUUCUUGAGGCAGCUUUCCGGUCAAGCCGGAUGUAUCUUACAGAGAACAGAUAUAAUCAUACAUUUACAUUGAUAGAACAAGAUACUUCCAACAGAUCAGAGUUGGUGUCUGUCGAUACAGGCUACACAAAUCUUGUACAGAGAUUUGACCUCGUUUUCAAUGGUUACGCAUGUUGUAAUGGAAUCAUCUACACUAUCGACGGCUUUCUCAAUUAUCCGCUCCAUGAUACACUUGUCGAAAUAAAACGACAACCGAAAAUAGGUAUUGGGACUGACCAGCUCCUCAAACUGAUUCCACACAAUGCAGGAAUAGACUUGACGUCACGAAAUACAGUAUUUACAGUUUUUGCUCCUGACGAUGAUUCAUUUAAUUAUUUAACAUUUAACGACAUUACUUAUAUCAACCAGAAUCUCACGUUUGACGAACGAAUGGAGAUCGUCGAAAGGCAUAUUGUGAUAGGACAACAGAUCGAGUACCGUGAUAUAAUCGACGGCCGUUACACAAGACAUGCAUAUGAUAGGAAUAUAUCAGUCAUUUCCAAGACAGAUGCAUUCUACCUCAGAUGGGAAAAUGUUGAAGCAAAGAUAGUACGUCCGAAUAUUCUUGCAACAAAUGGUGUAAUACAUGUUGUCGACAGACUGUUGUUGUCUACCCCGUACCAAAUGACAACACUGCCGCCGACAACGACACAGAAACAACAAGUGUCUUCCUCAACUAGAACUGGUGCUUCUCUUUCCGCUGUUUUUAUCAGUUGUAUUCUAGCUUUUGUUAGAACAUAUUUUGAUACGGUUAAGGUUGUGAGAUGAUAGUGAUUCAUAAAUUUGUAAAGUUUAUUAAGAACAAGAAUGGAGGAGACAAUCCAGAAGGUUUGACAAAAAGGUGUGUAAAUUGAUAGAUAAUGUAGAAAACAAAUGGCAAAAGGAAAACACGAUUGAAUGAAAUUCAGUGGCAGCUACUGUACCAUAAACGAUAUUGAAGGUGAACGCAUUAGUCAUUAAACUGCAGACACAGUGCGUAUAUAAAACAAGGGCGAUUCAAGAGAUAUGACGAACGAUUAGAAAUCCACUGUUCUAAAUGAUUGUGUCGUGAUUGUCUGACUGGUGCAUGAAACAUUACUGUGAUGCAUGUAGGAACUCGGAAGCUUAAUGUGUGCAGUUGUGGUUCUAUUGGUUAUGAAUAUACGCUACCACAAACAGACUGGGUCCAGCAUGUACGCAAUCACAAGUAGACUGGGUCCUGCUGUGAAAAUUUAACAUGUGCGCAAUCACACGUAGACUUGUCAAGCUGUGAAAAAUAAACAUGUGCGCUGUCACACAUAGACUGGGUCCAGCUGUGAAAAAUAAACAUGUGCGCAGUCACACAUAGACUGGGUCCAGCUGUGAAAAAUAAACAUGUGCGCAGUCACACAUAGACUGGGUCCAGCUGUGUAAGAUAAGCAUGUACAUAAAUAGCCUGGGUCCAGAAAUGAUAAAACAAUGCCAUUGAGAUUUAACAAUAGUGUUUUAUCGAUAAAUAUAACGUUGAACGCAAAUAUGUGGAUAUGAAUGUGCAAAAUGUGUAAAACAUUACAUGUGCGACAUGAUACGGUACUGAAAACUUUAUCAUAACUGUACGAAUAAAGUUAAUUCUUUAUAUUGAUAAAGUGAAAGUAGCCGAGGGAAGUGCAGGUUAACAGCACAAGAGGUUCUAAUCUACACAAAAUGCAAAAUGUAUGUUAGAGAGAUUAUGUACAUAGGAAUUAGAUUUUGCAUUUGUAGAUGUCCGCAUUCUUCGUUGACAUAGAAUUUCAAAAACACUUAUAAUAAUUUGGACUAAUGUUAAAUGGAUGAUCUGUGGCUCGUAUUUGCUUACAAAAUGUCUUUUGAUAUAAGUAUUCUAGCAUAUAACUUCUGUUUUUGUCACUUUCUGGGACGUUUUAACGAAAGAGCAAACGCGUGAUAGCAGAGAGAUUUAGACGCUUACUUACUGUAAAAACACGUUUGUUACGCGGUCCACGACAAAACAUAAACGUACGUGUGUAAUAUGGUGCUAAAAGGGAUAAUUCUAUAAGAAAUGGCGUCAACGUGAUCAAACAACGCUGUCAUUCUCUGCCAUUCGCGCGCAUUCCAUAGAAAUUUAAUGACGUUGAUGGAUAAUACGUAUAUAUUCAUUUUAGAACGUUUACACGUUUUCGCUAGAAUAACGUUAACGUAUAUUUGUUUAGUGUUAAAACAUCUGCAGAAUACCACUGGACACGUUAUUUCCCUCGUCCUGCGGGGCUCGAGUACCAACAAAUCUCUCAGGAUUCUGCAGAUGUUAUAACACGAAAAAAGUGUGCUAUUACCUUUUUGUCAAAAUUUUAUUCUUUUAUGCAGCUAGUUAGAAUAUAGUUACUAGGCUUUCCGCCCGAUGUGUUUUGUAUAAUAGUUGUACAUAACGUCGAAUACAAAUGAUGUGAUUGUUAAAAUGAAUGAAUUUAUUGGAAUUGAUCAAAUUGAUCAAAAAUUAAAUGAACGGGUAAUAUGAUUGUUACGCAAUAUUGCAUGCAUUGUUAUUCAUAUCGGUUGUUUACUUUAUAUCAUUUCACGACUUUUUAAAUAUAUCGCAGUUACCGCCUCUAUAGCUCAAUUGUAGUGUCCCGUAUUGAGUGCGGAAGGUCCGGUGUUUGCUCCCCGACCGCGUCAUACUAGAUGAUGCAAAUUGGUACGGGUACCUUGUAUGAUUGUAGGUAUUUGAAAGGUUGUACCAGGAGGUAAAGUUAGCCCAGGUAAGAAUCUAUUACUGAAUACCUAGUUUGUUGCAAAGGAGCUUUGCUGACUAUAUUCAACACAUCUUUACUGGGCUUAGGAGUCAAACAUUAAAAAAAUAAAAUUGCGAAAUUCAAUUUGUGAUGCCAUGUAACACCUGCUGAAUGCUUUGUUGUUCCAUUGUUAAAAACUCUUGGCCCUCCUUCGGACCUCGGGCUGACUCACAAGCCAUUCAAUAAGUGUAUAUUAAUGUAAAAGGUUUAUAGGGGUCACUGUAGAUAGUAUGACUGGUAAAUAUGAAAUUAAAUGAUUUCGUUACUUAGUGUAAGAUGUGUUAUUUUCAGAAUUGCUGAUAUAACUACGGUGUGUUCAUUUAUUUCUUAUGUUUAUUAUGACAAAUGUAGACAAAUAAAAUUAAAAAUUAGAGAA